AAUGCAAAAUUAUCUGGUUUCUUGGAUAUUGAUAUCUAAGUAUUUAACAGGUGUGACUGGGAUUGGCUGUUUUAAAUGUUCCAGUGAGAAUGGUUCUAAUCCGAGCUGUGAGGAUACUUUUCAAUAUUUUCCAUUUAACUCUUCAGAAAUCCUAUACCAGGAUCCUUGCUGGGCAGGUAGAAAGGACAGAAAUGGUCUUUUUCCUGCCUCCUCUUGCAUCAAGCUCAACGGAGUAGUUGAUGAAAACGGUAAUCGUCUGGUGAUCCGAGGCUGUGGAUUAGAUUCAGGAUCUUUAACUUCAGACACUGAGAUAGUUAGAGUCUCACACUGUGGAUCUUUCUAUCUGGACGGAAGAUAUGUACGAGGAUGUGUACAAGGAUGCGAUGAUAUGGACGGAUGUAACUCUGCUCUCAAACAUGCUCCAUACUUUUUAAUGUAUUUUAUAACAAAUGUAAUAUUUUCAUUUACUUUUAGGCAAAUAUGAUUUUUUAAUCUGAUUAGUUGUGCAAUUGUAAAACAUUAUAUAGAUAAAUGUUAUAUAAUACAUAAAAGCUCUUUAUAAAAUAUUAUGAAAGGAAUUGAGUUUUGUCACAAACUUUUCUAUUUCCUAAAUCUUUCCAACCUGCUGGUGAAAACCUCUGAUAUUUCAAACUUGGAUUAUUUGAUCUUAUAGAAUUCAUAGCUUGAAAUAUUAAAGGCCUACAAUAUCGGGUUGCAAAGAUAUCGGAAUUAGGCAAAUCUGAUAUACCCUAGGAUACUUCCGAAAUGGUCCUAAAAGAAAGUUUUCAAAAUGAAUGCAUGAUUUUAAAUUUUUUUAGAAGAACCCAUAACGUAACAAGUUACAAAUUAACCAAGAACAGUUUGACCAAUCAAACACUUUGUAAGAAGCUAUAUCUCUUUUUCUUAUCUCUGAUAGGGUGCUUCGUACAUGGUAAAAUUGAAAACACAAAUUGUAAACAAAGAAACAAAUUGUGUUUUUAUAAAGGGGACAAAUUAGAUUACAAUUAUUUCGGUGCGGCAUUUCAUUAUUUUUUUUUUUUAAAUGUCUAUUGUCCAAUAAUGUUUUUUUAAUGUUGAAAUAUAU